GAACUGGCGCAACGGCGUCUGCGUGCGUUUACAAAUUAUUAUUAUUAUUUUUUUUUUGACAAUUUGUUUUUGUUGUGCAUUGAAAGCUUGUUGUGAUUGAAACUAGACAAAAAGCAAUGAGUAAUUGAAUAAAGUGUUUGCAUUUGAAAUUUGUGAGCUUUGCUAUUGAUAAAUUUAAUUCACUUUUGUUGUUAUUGCGGUUUUACAACGCCACUAAACUCGUUUACCAACACACACUGCGUUUGUGUUCGUUUGUUUGUAUUCGCAUUAAGCUUCAUGCUUGUUGUUGCGCGCGGCAUUCAGAUGUAAAUUGCAUACACAAAACGUACAAGAUUAAUGGAGAAUUAGACUAAGAACUAAAUUAUAUUCAAUGCAUUCCUUGUUGCCGCGCUGCAACACAACAACAACGACAACAUUAAUAAGCAACCACCAAGAAAGCAAAACGACGACACCAACGUUGGCAAGCACAACAACAACAACAGUAGCAGCAGCAGCAACAACAACAACAAUAACAAAGCACAACAGUUGGUAAACUGUAGCAACAGUUGAGGCGGCAAAAAGAAAUACAUAUAUUGUAAAAGAUGUCAUUGACGAAAAAGGAUCCGUCGCUGCGUGUUGCCGCCUCUGAUCCACAUUUGGUUAGCCUAGGGGGCGGCCGACUUAGCACCGCCGUCACCAUACACUACAUACACAUCGGUGACACAACAAUCGGAUCGGCGCCAAAUUGCAGCAUCUCGUUGAACGGAAGCGGAGUGCGUCCACUGCAUUGCACCAUCUAUAGGAGUGAGGAUAACGAGGUGACGCUGGUGCCAGAGCCGGAGGCGCGAUUGCUUAUCGACGGCGCCCACAUUGAGGGAGAGGAGGUGAAACUAAGCCAGGGUGCAAUGAUCACCAUUGGCAACUCGAAUUAUCUGCGCUUUAAUAAUCCAGAUGAGGCACAAAUGAUGCGAUCCGCAAUGGGAUCCAAUGAUAGAAUCUCGAUGCCCCAUAUUGAUUUUACACAACAAUCGUCGCGUCACGAGAGUCACGAUUAUAAUCAAUCUCACGAACUGGAGAGCUUUUAUGAGAGCAUCAUAAAUCCCUUCAAGAAUAAUCAUAAUACAACCAGUAAUAGUAAUAGUAGUAGAGAUGGUUCCAAUGUGGAUCUAAAUGGUGUACAGUGUCCAAAGGUAUUCAGCUCCGAUCUGGUAACAGUCAAUAUGCCAGCACGGGAUGUGCUUGGCCAGAAAUAUGCGAGCUUUGCGCGUAAUCUGGCCGAGAAUCAUCGCAGCGAUAAGCAGUUGAAUAAUCAAUAUGCCAAAAACAUAUCCAGUAAUGUUAAUGUCAAUGGAAUUGGACACAACUCUGGCUACUGCAAUGUGCCCAGCAAUGCAGCUGUCUACAAACAACAACAACAGCAGCAACAACAUCAGCAGCAGCAGCAACAACAACAACAACAGUUGGGACAGGAACUGCUGAGCAAGGUGAACAAUGAUCGCUAUGAUCGUUAUCCAAAGCCAGGCACCUACACAGCCGGCGGAUUGCAGAUCUAUGCAAUGAAUGGCAUCAAUACGGAGCUUAACAGCGGUGCCGAAUUGGAGGAUAUGCUCAAGAUUUGCACCGAGUAUGCGGAUCGGCAGCAGGAACAGCAACGGGAACAACGGGAGCAGCGGGAGCAGAGGGAGCAGCGGGAGCACAACAACAGCAGCAACUCGAAUCACACAACGUUGCACAAUGCGAGUGCUGGCAGCAUCACAUCCUCGCCCAUUGUCCAGAAUCGCAUCAAGACAAAUGGUUCAUUGCCGCGCGACAAGAAGUCAACGUUCCAACAGCAUGCGGGUAGCAGCAGUAACCUGGCAUUGAUUAGCAGCUCAUCGGGCUAUGAGAAUGUACGACUGCUGGGUCCAAAUCGUGUUGAGAUCAAUGGCCAACUGCAUGUGUCAUCGGGUGUGGCACCUUCGGCUGCUGCUGUUGCCGUUGCAACAGCCACGUCGAGCAGUGAGAAUCUGGUGGUCAGCACUGGUAAAUAUGUGCCACAAAGUCCACGCACCAAGAUACGCACCAAUUGUCUGUCCCCCAAGAAGGAUGCCUCCUUCAAUGCCGCAUUUGCAUUGAUACCACCGCCGCAGGCAUUGCCCAUAGCUGUGGUGAAGCCACCGUUGGCACCAAAACCACCGCCUCCCAAUCAACAGCGUGACUACGAGCAACUCUUCAAGUCCUUUGAGCGCAAACAACAGCUGGAACAGCAACAAAAGCAGCAGCAGCAACAGCAACAACAACAACAACAAGUUCACUUGACGCCCGCCAAACGCUCCAAUAAGAAUAUCAACAAUCUCACCCUCAAGCUGAACGAAUCUUCCUCAGCGAAUGCAUCGCCAAAGCCGAGUCGAAAACCAGCUCCAGCGCCGCGUAGCAUCAAUGUGGAGCAACGUCAACGUCGCGAGCUUCUUCAGCGUCGCAAGCAACUCAAACGAGAACUGGCCGAGCUGCCACCGAAUAUGGAUCAUUCCGAGCUGGAAGCAAACGAACAGUCCGCAAAUAAUCCGUUGACAAGACCUGGAACUCCACGUCAGCAGCUGCAGGCGCUACAGAAUCGCAUCCAUCGCUUGGAGGCACAACGCAAUGCCACACGGGUGAUGGAGGAGAAUCAGCAGGCGAAGCUAAAGCAAUCCAUCGAAAUGAAGCAGGAUCAGCUGAAUAAACUGCGCGCUAUGCUGAAGCAGAAACCGAACAACGCCUGCCUCAAGGAGGAGCUGGAGAAUGUGUGCGAAUCGUUGGACAGCGAUCGUAAGACAUUUGAGGAUCUGGAGUUUCAGUACUUUGAGGAGGAGUCCGAGCAUCAUGCGUGCCACGAGGAUUUAAAGCGACAGGAGCAACGUUUAAUGCUGGAAUCGGAGCUGGCAUCCUUGCGCAUUCAGCUGGGACCCGAUGAACCGGGCGAGGAGCCAACACCAUCGAACAGUGGACGCAGCUCACCCAUUGCCAAUGGCAACAGCAAUAGCAACAGCAAUAAGAACAGCAGCAGUAAUCUGGUCAAUGGGGUCAUGUCACAGUCGCUCUUCGGCUCCGCCGAGCUGCUCUGCCCGAAGCGACGCAACGACGAUGAUCUAAUGUCCAAGAGUGUCAAUGAGAAUAUGUUUUACAACAACAAUAAGAUUGAGCUGCCACACGGCAACCAGGUGACGAGCACACCGAAGCGUCCAGCAUUGCAAGUUUACGAUGCUGGAAGCUGUGAACAGAUUAGCUUUAAUUUAUCGCUGCGUAGCGAUAGAUUCGAGGUGAAUCCGCUCGAGAGACGUGUCCCCUCGCAGGAUGACAUCGAUCGCAGCUGCAAGGUGGCCAACGAUGCCCCCAUUUCGGCCAGUCAAGGGGCCAGCACAAAAAUCUUUGACAGCAUCAAAGAGAUUGAACGCAAUCGUAAAUUGCUGUUGGCCCAGCAAGGUCAUCAGGUCAUCGAACACGAGCGCCAAAAGAUCUAUGAUCUGAAGAAGAAGAGCCACGACGAGGCACGCACUCAAUACUUGCGAUCAACGCAACAAACCACAGAGACGACAACUGAACUGACGGCACCACAACAACCACCACCACCACCAUCAUCACCGCCAACGAAUCAACCACAUGCCAACGGCGGCAAAGAUGCCAAGCUCUUUGAGAAAACGGAAAUGCAGAAGCUCACUGAGCCAACAGCAACAAAUCAGCAGCAACUACAGCAUGAAAAGGAAAUUAUCAAUGCGUCAGCUGAUGACAGUCCAAAAAUAACAACCACAACAACAACAAAUGCCGGUCAACAGCAACGUCACUCACAGCCGGAACUGGAGCAUCAUUCAAUUGUUGGCGUUGUGGCGCCCACGGCGCGCAGUCCACGUCCACUGUCCGAGGCGAACAACUGUGAGGCGUCCAUUGAGGCGCCCAAGUUUGCCAAUGGCGACACCUCGUUAGCGGACAGCACUAACAAGCGUGCCAGCAGCAACAGCAACUCACAGGACACGGCCUCGGCGGGCAGCGGCAGCGGUGGCAGCAGCAGCGGCGCCGGAACCGGAAGCAGCAGCACGGCCAGCGCCAAUGGUGAACGGAAACGUGCGCUGCCAAAGCACCAGCGACCAUUGACACGUUACCUGCCCAUCUUCUCGCCGGAUCUGAAUCUGCGCCAUCAUAUUGAGACCGCCGGUCAUCAGAUCGAUCUCUGUCCGCAUGUUUUUGUCGAUGCCCAGAGCUGUCGCGGUUACCUGCACAAAUUGGGCGCCACAUUUCAUGCGUGGUCGAGACGCUGGUUUGUGUUGGAUCGUCAGCGCAGUGCACUCAUCUAUUACUCGGAUAAGUCGGAGCGUAAGCCACGAGGUGGCGCCUACUUUGCCACCAUAGAUGAGGUAUAUCUGGAUCAUUUGAAUGCCUCCAAGAGCGGUCGACCACAUUGUACCUUCAUUGUGAAGACUAAGAAACGUAGCUACAAUUUACAGGCUGCCUCCGAUGCAGCCGCACGGAUUUGGAUUGACGCCAUCAUCACGGGAGCCCAGGGUAAUUUGGACUAUUGAGCGUUGUGUUGUGCAUCAAAGCAAAUCAAUAAGCUCAAUUCAACUGUAUAAUGUUAAUUAUAAAACUAUUAACUGUAAACUGUUUACUGUAAAGUUAUAGACAUUUAAGCGAGCUCAAUCUAUGAAUAUAGUAGUCUCUAGCCAGGUUACAUAACAUCUCUAUGUAUCCAAAAUAACAAACAAAAACAAACACAAGAAACCAAGCAACCAAUUUUGGCAACUAACGAAAUCCGAGAUUUCAGUACUGGACCAAAGUGAAGAAUGUAUUUUUUAUGCUUUUAAUUUGUCAUAAUCUAGCCAGCUAAGCAUUAUUUUUACAUACACAUACACAAUCACAGAUAAAAAUAUAUAUAAAUAUAAAUAUAAAUUUAUAUACAUCAUUAUUAUUAUGGACAGACCCAACGUAAAUAACGCAACCAUUUCAUCAACUAUAUGAACUAUAUAUUACUAAUAACCAAAUGGACCUAUGACUAUGUUUAUAUAUAGUACUUGAAGUUUUGAUGUGAAUUUAAUUUAAUUAUAAAUUUUAUAUAUAUGUAUACAUCAGAUGUCUGUGUGUAUUUUUAUAAAAGUUUGAGCAACGACACAGAUGAAAUGAAAACGAUUUUUUUUUACAUUUCUGUAUUAUAAACUAUUGUAAAGCAAAACGGACUUAAAACAUACUUUGUGCUCAGGCAACUGUAAUUGAUAAUCAAAAAUAACAAAAUUAAAUACAAAUUGAUAAAAA